AUGCCAUCGACACCCCCAACCAUAAUCCUCGCCCACGCAGCCUUCCACCAACCAGCCCACUACAUCGACUUCACAGCCGCGCUCGGUGGAGUCGGACUAACAGAGUACCGCAUUCCGCAACUUCCAAGCUCGAGUACAUCUCCGCCCACUGCAGAUGCACUGGCGCAGGAUGUUAAAGUCCUUAGCAAAACGAUCCGAAGUUGUCUUACCAGCGGCAGGGACGUUUUACUCGUGGCGCACUCGUACGGAGGUGUACCAUUGAGUGAGGCACUAGGUGAGAUCGGCGGGGCUGCGGGUGGGAAAGGCGAUGCCAAAGUAUUGGGCGUGGUAUUUGUAGCUGCUAUCGUGCCCAGCGAGGGAGAGAAUAUGGGGAGUGCAAUGAAGACGGGAGUGGCGGAGUGGGUGAAAAUCGAGGGCAACAUCUGCACGGCCAACGAGCCAGCAAAGACAUUCUUCAAUACCCUUUCCAGCAAGACAGCGCUGGAGAAAGCAGUCCAGCAGAUCCGCCCACAGUCAAUGACCUCUUUCAUGACUCCUGUCAAACACGCAGGCUGGAACGAGUAUCCGUGCGCGUAUAUCAAGUGCACGAAGGACAACUCCACGUCUGUAGAGGAUCAGGACCACAUGAUUGCCAAGCUUCGAAAGCAAUGUGAGUGGAAGCCGACGGUGGUAGAGGUGGCAAGUGACCAUUGUCCUUUCCUCGGUAUGCCGGACACCAUUGCGGCGAUGCUUAAGAGGCUUGUCGAUGAUGCUGAGUGA